AUGAAUUUUGAUCUCGAACAAACUCUUGAUUUUGUUGAAAAGAGAAAUUCUAAAAGAUCAAUGGAAUAUUAUGAAAAUAGAAAGAAAAAACGUAAAUUUCAUUUCGAACAAGCAUCAAAUAAUAAUGAAUUACCUGAUAUUAUUUCUUCGUUUCCACUUCAUAUCGAUUUAAAACCAAAAGUAACAACAAAUGUAGAAAAUAACUGUUUUUUAAAAAAACAAAUAGAAGAAAAUAUUAUGGAAUAUCAAGAUAAUCUUGACAAUAUAAAUCAAAUAGAAAAUAUCAAUAUAGAUGAUAAUGAGAUUAUCAACAACUCAUCUGAUAGUUUAGAAUGCUGGAGUGAUCUUGAAAUUAUUCAUGAAAAUUUAUUACAUUAUCAUACAGACAUUUCAACCAAAGAAUUUUGUUCAAAACUAUUAACUUUAUUAAGAAAUUCUAAUACUUGUAAAUUG